UAACCUAGUGAGCAGGACCGGCGGAGUCUUACGGUUUUGUUUUUAAUAACUUUUUUUUUUUUUUAAAUAUAUAUAUAUACCUCGAUUAAAAUGUUUCAAGUUAUCGCGUGAGGAUCACUUUCGCUUUCUUGAGGAACCUGGGACAGUCCUGCUCUGCUGUCUGGAACACAGUGUGCUAGACUUGCUUUAUUGCCACACAUUUGGACACAUCUGUCUUCGCCUGCUCAAUUUGCCGGAAUAUUUCGUCACGUAUUACGUCCAUUCAAAGUAACUUCUUAAAAUGACGUUGCAAGAGACUGUGGGAACGGAGUAAAAAGUUUCCCCUCGGACCAGCAACACCUGACACCCUCCUCCUCCUCCUCCUCUUUCUCCUCUUCCUCCGGCCGACAUGACCCUCGGCGCGGUGUCCGGCUCCGACAGCUCGUCGUCGGUGAGCUUCUGCUCCUGCUGCGGGGCGAAGAUGGUGCCCUACUUCAGCGACGACGCGGUGGUGUCCAACAAUCAGAUCAACCAGCUUAUCAGUGAGAGUUUUCUCACGGUGAAAGGUGCAGCCCUUUUCCUUCCCAGGGGAAAUAGCCCCACACCUAACUCCACUCCUCGCAUCAGCCAGCGCCGGAGCAAACACACAGGUGACCUCCAGAAACAUCUUCAGACCAUGUUCACUGUGCUGCGGCCGGAGGACACCAUCCGACUGGCCGUGCGUCUGGAGAGUGCCUACCCUCAGAUCACCCGUUACAUGGUGGUGGUUUCCACCAAUGGGAGACAGGACACAGAGGAGAGCAUUGUGCUUGGCAUGGACUUUGUUUCCUCUGAUAGCUGCUGUACGGUGGGUCUGGUUCUACCUCUGUGGAGUGACACUCUGAUCCACUUGGAUGGAGACGGGGGUUUUAGCGUGUCAACGGUCAACAGGGUUCAUGUCUUCAAGCCAGUUUCUGUCCAGGCCAUGUGGUCAGCCCUUCAGUCGCUCCACAAAGCUUGUGAGGUGGCUCGUUGCCAUAACUACUACCCAGGCAGCCUGUUCCUGACCUGGGUCAGCUACUACCAGAGCAGGAUCUCAUCCAACCAGUUCUGCAUCAAUGAGUGGAACGCCAUGCAGGACGUGGAGUCGCAUCGUGCCAAUUCACCCGUCCUCUUCACCGACCUGCCUACAGAGAGAGAGCGCACAGAGAGGCUGAUCAAGACACGCCUCAGAGAAAUCAUGAUGCAGAAAGAUCUGGAGAAUGUCACCUGUAAAGAGAUCCGAACAGAGCUGGAAAUGCAGAUGGUGUGUAACCUGAGGGAGUUCAAGGAGUUCAUAGACAACGAGAUGAUAGUCAUCCUGGGACAGAUGGACAGCCCAACUGAAAUCUUUGAACAUGUCUAUCUGGGCUCAGAGUGGAAUGCCUCUAACCUGGAGGAGCUGCAGAACAGUGGAGUACGCUACAUCCUGAAUGUGACCAGAGAAAUAGACAACUUUUUCCCAGGAAUGUUUGAGUACCACAACAUCAGAGUGUACGACGAAGAGGCCACAAACCUACUGGAAUACUGGAAUGAAACCUACAAAUUCAUCACCAAAGCCAAGAAAGCUGGUGCUAAGUGUCUGGUUCACUGUAAGAUGGGUGUGAGUCGCUCCGCCUCCACAGUGAUCGCCUACGCUAUGAAGGAGUACGGCUGGGACCUGGACACUGCCUUCGAUUAUGUCAAAGAGAAACGGGCUGUCACCAAGCCAAACCCUUCAUUUAUGAAGCAGCUGGAGGAGUAUCAGGGAAUUCUGCUGGCCAGCAAACAGAGGCAUAAUAAGCUCUGGCGCUCACACUCUGAUAGCGACCUCUCAGAUCGUCCUGAUCCACUAUGUAAACCCUCGUCCCACUCCUUGGGUCGCUCCGACUCUCACAACAACAACAUUUCCUCACCAUCUUUACAUCACUUCCUGGGCGUGGCUGUGCUGCAAGCACUCGGCGCUGAUCCUCAGAACUCCAACAACUCGACCCCCGAUCACACACCCGACUCCCAGUCACACUCCAGCGAGUCACCGGGUCAGGAUGAGGUCCGAUCAGAUUAUGAAGACCCCCUCCUUCUGAGCCUCCCCAGACCUCGAGCAGCCACUGUUUUCCCAGAGGAAAGGGUAGACAAUUCAGCGAGUGUGGCUGUUGCAGUGCCUGCCGCUGUACCUCAUCCUCCACCGUCACUCCACAUCCUUCAGUCGGUCCCUGAGCUCCCACAGACCCCCUGGGGUCCUCCCACACAGCUGUCCACUUCAGUGCCCACAGACGCAGCCAUCGAACUGUCUCUGGAUCUGCCUGAGCGAAGCAGCUCAGAAGAAAUCUCACCUCUCACUCUGGGAUCCACCGAUACAGAAAUACUGGAACCAUCAGAUGUAGCAAGUGAAAACUUCAGCCCCGUAGCCACCCCCACCCCCCCUCUGGUCCUCUUCUCUGCUCCCAGUGACGACAACAACAACCCUAGCCAGUCGCAGGUAGACAGUGUCCUGGACAGCCGCGGUGAGGCAGACGGGUCAUCCAGUCACAGCGCCGACAGCAUCGACUUCUUCAGUGCCAGGGAAAAGUUUCUGGGUUUGGCCCAAGAUGGAAGACCCCGGACACUUUCUGAACAGACUCAGCAAAGUGUACCUCCGGAGGAAAACGGAGAUACUGACACCAAGGAGAAGGAGGAGCACAAGAAUGGAGGGAGUCAGUCUGAAGACAGUCCUGACCAAAAUCCUCACCAUGACAACGGGAUAUCUGUCCGCCAUAUAGUCACUGAAAUCGAAGCCAUAUGCCAUCCUGCCUCUUUCCUUUCUACCCACUGCCUUUCAUCGCUCCCUCUGUCCUCCCACAGCCUUCAGCUCAUCCGACCAGAACACGAGGACGAGGCAGACGCUGAGCUGGUGCACGGCUCCGUGACUCCUCCUUCGCACCUGCAGUCUCCCUCCAUGUUGCCGAGCGACUGGCCUGCGGGCUCGGUACGGCGGGCCACAAAGCAGCUGGAGCAGAAGCUGAGACAGGAGAUGGAGAUGGCAGCGAGUCAGCGGUCGCCACUACAUUCCCCCAGCAAUGAACACCCUCCCCUUCGCUCCCCUCAGCACUCCACAGAACUUUUAUCAGGACAAGGACUUGCUCAGGGAGAGAACAUGGCUGUAUCUGCCAAGUCCAAAGACGGAGAGAAGUAUCCAGGGUCACAAAGACUUAAUUCCUCAGGCAUGGACAAAUUCUCAGACCCUUCAUGCUCCCCUGACUCGCAUAUCAGCCAAGUCUCUGGUGCUAUACCUAUCAUUGUGCACACAUCCACAGAAAGCCAAAUGCUGACACAAACCCAGACAUCACUGGCCUCUACGAGGCACUUAGUAGAACCAUCCAUAGAUACCUCAGCCCAGACCCAAAGACAGAACCAGUUCCACAGCCAAAACCAACAGGGUAAGACUCUGGCCCAGGCCAGUUCAGAUCAAAUGAGUUUGGACGGAGUGACUGUUCAGGAGUCGGGCACAGAUGAGAGCCUGUCGUCCCCACAAGGAGAUGCAGGAAGCUGUGGCCCCGGCUGUGACGCCCAGAGCAGGUUGGCUCGUGGCAGCCAGGAACUGGAGAAGAUUCAGCAGACCCUGAGAGAGCUGCAGGCGUUCCUCCAUGAGGGCACGAGCCUGGAGACGACAGAAGUCGAGGAACUGGGGCAGCCUCAAGGCCCGAGAGACACAAUGGACACAGAGCCAGGGUCUUACAAAGAGGCGAGUACUGAACAGACCCCUUUAGGACUGGAAGCCCUGAAGAGGCUCCGAGGGAGACAAGAGGGGAGGGGUGUCCCGGAGUUGGCCGGGUGGCACCGAGCCAUCGAGCUUGAGGCACGUAUGCGCCAGGCAGGCCUCACCCCCCCCUCGCUCAUGAAAAGAUCGGCUUCUUUAGCUAAGCUGGACUGUCUGGAACUGUCAGCCAAUGACCUCAGUGACUUAGACCUGCGGCCGCAGACCAGGUCGACAUCGUCACAGUCCCAGGACUCUUUCUCUACAUCCACAUCUCACUCAGACGACUCCUGGAAGAAGCAAAAAGUACUCGCUCGCAUGCCCUGCAUUGAAAAGACAGCCUCGCCCCACAGCACAAGGGAUCCUGACCAGUUGUCAUCCUCGCCCUCCUCCUCCACCUCCUCCUCUCUCUUCUCCUGUGGCCCUCGUGACUGUCAGAGAGAAGACGCAGGAGAGAGGGAGGAGCCUGAGGGCAGCGGGACCGCCACCAUUACCACAAUGUCCCGUCAGCAGGGGAAAGGACACUUGUCAAGGCGUUCUCGAAAAGCCUCUGCUGAGAAAAAGCAGAGAGCCGUCACUGUGCUGUACAAUACAAUGUAACCUCACUGCAAUGGACUGGAAUGGACAUGACUGGAGCUGUGUGCAUGAGUGAAAGAGGCUGCAUGAAGAGUUUGAAUGUGUAAAGUGUCAUUGGUUCAGUCUGUGUACUGAGUAGACUGUAUCUUCUAUUGUGUAAGUCACAGAUGAUGAACUGUGUUUGCAUGUAAACCACUGGAUGUGUUAUUUCAACUGGAGUUCAGGUUUGUAUGUACAGAAAUGAAUAUGAAUGUCCAAACUAAGACUGAACCAGUGUGUAUGCACCAUUAUGUACUGUAUGUCCCUUUUUUUGUUAGAAAUGUUCAGUGUGUGACCCUCGCUGCCUCUUCAGUUUCUGAAACUAUGACUAAAGGGGGUGUCUCUCAAAACAUGCACUUUACUCUUUAGAUGAUUUUCUUUUAUUUGGAGUUUCUUAUCCCAGAGUAUUCUUUGCACUGAUCUUGGUAGGGGCUAAACUGUCUCUGUGUGUUUUGUUUCUCAGACAGACAUGUCUUUAUUCAUAUUUUUAAACCAGAACAAAGCUGAUAUGUAUGUUUUUGUAUUUUUGUUUUUAACAAUUGUUCUAGCAGAAAAUAAAUAUGAUGAGUUUGUUUUGACUGCA